AUGCCAACAAUUAUAUUUGUAAACAUGGCAUCAUCGACUACGUAUACGAAAGAACAAAUUUGGAAAUCAAAUGAUGGAACAAAUGUUAUGGAUAAGCAUGAUAAAGCAUAUAAAAAAGUUCAAGAUCGAUUAAUUAAUUCAACAAAACGAAAAAUCAUUGAUGUAUUAGCUGAAUGUUGUGCAAUUGAUAGUUUACCAUUCAAUAUAGUUAAUGGUGUAGGAUUUCAGGAAUUGACUGGAAAGUUAAUCAAACUUGGUCGUCAGUUAGGUCCAGGUGUUUCAAUUAAUGAUCUUUUACCUGAUGAUUCAACAAUCAAUCGACAAAUCGAUAAGAUUUACGAUUUUCGCAAGGAAUAA